AUGGAUACCAGAAGCAUGGCCCACGAUGUUAAAAAUGCUCUUCAAAGGGCGAAACACAAAAUAUCGACCUUGGAAAAUGAGCUGAAUGUGAAGUAAGUAGCCUAUUGUAGAUUAGAGAGCAGCUUGGAGAGUGAGAAAGACCACCAUCCGUUCCCGUGGGCACAUAAACCGGAGCUGAAAGAUUCCCUCAUUGAUAUGUACAAAGCUAAUCCCAAAGUCAAUGAGGAACUGAAACAGAGACUGCCAUCCUCAGUCAAGCACCAUUGUUCAGAGACCACACCACAACUUGGAUUGUCUGGUCAGGACACAGACAAAUCGCAAACUGUAUCAGCAGCACUCAAGAAAAAGCUUCCUCAAGUUCCUGGACCACCCCCGCCCCCACCUGACCGGACCCCUGUCCCGGUAAAAACCAUGGAGGAAGAGAGAGUCUCUCCCAUAAACUCCUGUCAGACAGACACACUCAGCCAGAGUCAAUCUGGGCAGGAGCUGGACAGUCCAGUUCACAGGCCGUCCCUCAACGCACUGGAAACCAGUACACCUAGGAGCGUGCACGAAGACCAAAGCAAUGCCCAAGUUGGCAGCUUGAGUGAUUCUAACAAGAAACAAAUUGCAGCCUUGGACAAAGAGAAGAACAUAGCCUUUCUCCUGAAGGAGCUGGACUCCCUCCGAGAUCUCAACAAGAAGCUGUGGGACAAGCUAGCGCUGAAGGAGAAGGAACUGGAGAGUAAGCUGAUGGAUAACCAGCUUCAGGAGACAGAACUGGAAGCCCGCACCUGCGAAAGAGCCGCAGCGUUGGUGGAGGAGAUCUAUAAGGCUCAGAGGGAGAGGGAUCAGGCAGUGAUGGCUAGACUGAGGCUGGCCAACGAGGAGAGAGACGAGGCCUUGCUAAGGGCCAAGAAACUCCAGGAGGCAGCGCAAGAGCUGGAGAAUAUUAACCCUGAGGAGAGUGAUGCGGACCUGGAGGAGUUGCUGGACAGAGUGAACAGCGCUGACUCUGCCCUGGGUAUCGAGCGCAGUGGAGCUGCAAUCGUGGAGCGCGUGCAGAGGGCCAGGGAGCGUCGCUCCAGGAUCACCUCGGAGGAGAUGAGAGCCGUGAUCGAAGAGAGAGACACUGCUUUAGCCAGGUGCAAGCGACUGGAGCAGGAGCUCCUGCACAUGCGAGAGCAGAGCCAGUCUUCAGCAAACAGCCCCAGACACCUGACUGCCCAAAAAAAUCAGGAACGCGUUCAUCAGGUGCAGGAGGAGCUGGAGACGGCCUACGGAGAGAGAGAUAAAGCCCUGGAGUGGAGCCAGAAACUGGAGGAAGAGCUCCAGACACUGCGGAAGCAGCACAGUCAGCGACAGCAGCGGGGCCCGAGCGAGGAGGUCAUUCAUGAGGAGCAAGCAAGCUCUCCAACGUUGGCAAAAGGAGGCGCGGACACCCAGAACCAGGCUCUCCUGGCCAAACUCCAGGCCCUGACCUCCGAACACCAGAACACUCAGGCCCAGCUCCGACUCGCUCAGGAUGCAGAGAGGGAAGCCAACGAAAAAGUGCACAAGUUGGAGCGACUGGUGGAGGUCCUGAGGAAGAAGGUGGGCACGGGUAGCGUCCGGACGGUAAUUUGACUGACUGAGCGAUCCAACCAAACGGACACAUCUGGUGACCAGGCUGGAGCGUUUAACACUGAACAAACAGCCCGGAUCCUGAACUGGGCAAACAGUUGUUAGAA